AUGAAAGACUUUAAUAUCGACGCUUUCGCCCGCGACAUCAAACCCAAGGCUACAGAAACAGAAUUCGUGACCAAGGAUGAGCUCGCGAGCCAGAAUCUCAGGAACUCCAGGGGCCACAAAAGAGCCCCCGGCGUCUUAUCCACCCCAAACCUAGUCGAUAUCAUGGAACGCGCCAGCUCGGCCUGCAUGGAAGCUAGCUUCGAAUCGACAAACUGCGCCAUUUCCGUCCCUUUUAAAACACUCACUGCACAAUCUGUGCCCGUUGCCCCCAGGAAGCACAGCGAGAUCGCUAAGGGAACGUUCUGGCGCUCGAUUGUGUGCAAAGAAAAUCUCGAGAAUGAGGCAUUGCUACGGCAAAAGUCCCCCGCGGGAAAGAUAUAUGCACGAAAUUCAGAGUUAGAGUGUGUUGCACAACCCCGCGAGGGGCUGCACUUUUUGAUGACCCGUGAUCGUGACCCUAAAAGGGACUGUACGAUGUGUUAUCCAAUUCGGUGGAACUGGAGAGGGGAUAGUCUUCCCCAUAACAGCGUCUCUCGCGGCUUUCAUCACGCCGCUCACCAUGGAACGGCGAAGCUUGUCAAGCUGUGGUUGAAUAGCGGGAUCGAUCUUAGCUCGUACUUGAGCACUGGGCUAUACGCCGCAGUUGAGGGAGGACAAUCUGAAGUGAUGCAGUUAUUGAUGGAUAGGGGUGCUGAUCCCUUAACAUGGCAAACUAGGGGAGUUGGCCGCGAAAAUCUACUUCAUAUUGCUGCGCAACGUACCAACAAUGAGGUCGUAGCGCUGCUACUACAAAAAGGACUCGACCCGAACAUUACCGAGAAAGAGAAUUACUGGGGCGCGCUUCACUUCGCUCUGAGACACGGAAGGUCGUUGACUAAGGUAAAGUUAUUGAUUGAUGCCGGUGCAGAUCCUAAUCAAUCAGAGGAUGAAGGGUGGACAACUCUGCAUUUUGCGGUGGAGAGCGGCGAUCUUGAAAUAGUCCAAUUUCUGAUCGACAAUGGUGCAGAUAUGGAAGCAACAAAUGUUAGAGAUACGCCUCUUAUGAUGGCUGUUUGA